AUGAAUGUUUUUCGAAGGCAAAAUAUUCUAUCCGUAAUGAAUCCAGAAAAACCGUUUCAAACAGGAAAGGCUAUAUCGGAUACUGAUUUAAAUAGGAAUAGCACAGAGCGUACAUCACAUGAACAUCGUUUUUUAAAUGGGAAAUUAUUGGGUCAAUUUUGUGGUCGAGAAUGGAGAAUUACUUCCAAACAAGUAUGA